UGAUCCGCCCAUUUUCCCAUUCUGAACGCUUCCAGUAGGUCCACACCUCACGGCCAACCCCCUCAAAAUGUCCAGGUGAGAGCAAGUCAGACAGCAUCGAACACAAGGCCAGCUGGGACGCACUUGGCAGUCAGGAAGCACCUCUUUUACGGUGUGUGCCUAAGGUGAAGAAGAAGCUUGGCCCACCUUGUCUCCUGAGGAGCUGUUUAUUCUCCUUCAGCCUCCUCCACCUCCUCCGCAGGAGUCAUGAACUGGUCUGCAUUGGAGGCACUCCUCAGCGGGGUCAACAAGUACUCCACCGUGUUCGGCCGCAUCUGGCUCUCUAUGGUCUUUGUCUUCCGGGUAAUGGUGUUUGUGGUGGCCGCCCAGCGAGUGUGGGGUGAUGAGAGCAAGGACUUUGUGUGCAACACAGCCCAGCCGGGCUGCAACAACGUGUGCUAUGACCACAUCUUCCCCAUCUCCCACAUCCGCCUGUGGGCCCUGCAGCUCAUCUUCGUCACCUGUCCGUCACUGAUGGUGGUGGGGCACGUCAAGUAUCGGGAGAAGAAGGACAUGCAGUACACCGCCUCGCACAAGGGUUCCCAUCUGUAUGCCAACCCUGGGAAGAAACGUGGAGGGCUGUGGUGGACCUACUUGGUGAGUCUGAUUUUCAAGGCAAGCUUUGACGCCGGCUUCCUCUACAUCCUGUACUACAUCUACGACGGUUACGACAUGCGCCGCCUGUCCAAGUGCUCCCUGGAGCCGUGCCCCAACACGGUGGACUGCUACAUAUCGCGUCCCACUGAGAAGAAGAUCUUCACCAUCUUCAUGGUGGUCUCCUCUGCAGUCUGCAUCUUCAUGUGUAUCUGUGAGAUGAUUUACCUCAUCUUCAAACGCAUUCAGAAAUUAAUUAGGAGAAAGAAAGAGGCGGAUAGGAGGAUUUUCGCAGAGAAUCACGAGAUGACGCCACUGGCAGCACCCAGGUCAGAGUUCAGGUCCAAAACAUCAAUCAGAGUGGAUCCCACAGCCUCUAUCCACAACCUCAGUAACGCCAGGUCAGAGUACAGGUCCAAAACAUCAAUCAGAGUGGAUCCCACAGCCUCUAUCCAGAACCUCAGUAACGCCAGGGCUGAGGAGGGGCCAUCUAAGAAAAAAUAACAUACAAUAUGGCAGUAGUCAUGUAGAAAGCAAAGUACUCAAGGGACCACUUCAAGCAAAUGCAUUCAUCAGAUUUUGUGGAGAACUGCUGCACGACACAAAAGAUCAUCAUCCAUCAAUUCAGAGAUUUCUGAGACAGUGUUUUGUAAAUAUUAUCAUGUUAAAUGACUUUUUACAGGAAUGCACACCUUAUGCAUGCAAAUUAACCCCUCAAAAAGGAUGAGUUAAAUAGGAAGGUAAAGGGUUUAGAGUAUAUUUUGGUACUGGUUUGUGCAGUGAGUAUGGAUGUGUGCAUGUUUGUGGUUUUGUGUAUGCAUUGUUGUCAUAUGUAUAUAAGCUGUUAUGUCCGGUUCUUUGUAAAUGAAACUUUAAAUAUAAAAUGCUGAAAUUCACCAAGUAAUGUAAAUGUGGUAUAGAGAGUGAACCCUUUUCCCCGAUUAUACACACUGCCCCCUUAUAAAUAAAACAAGCCUUCCUUCAGGGGAAACACAGUAACCGGCAGAAAGUACUUGAGGGUUUUUUGUUUGCAGAUAUUCAAUAUGAAGAAAACGCUCUUGAUUGUUUAAAAGUGACUUUGACUCCGGUUAACAUUAUGUGUCAUACAAUUAAAUCAGAAUUGCUGAAGGUAUAAUACAUGUAUGAAUAAAUGAAAAAAUUAUACAAAAUACAUUUAUAUAUUUUUAUGCUCACAAAUUUGGUUAUUUGAAUGAAGAUUCCAGAUAUUAUAUUUUGUUUUACAUUUUGUAUUUAUUGUUGUGAUCCAUAAAGUUAUUUCUAUGUUAUACA